UGGAGCUCUGCUGAAGACAGUCGCAAUGAUGUUUGUAAUCUUGGCUUUGUUUGUUGCUGGUGCCUAUGGGUGUGGCCUACCCACCUACCGCCCCAUCAUCAGCAGGGUGGUUGGUGGAGAUGAUGUCCGUGAACACAGCUGGCCAUGGCAGGUGUCUCUGCAGUACCAGAGCGGCAGCAGUUUCUACCACACCUGCGGUGGCACUCUGAUCUCCAACGAGUGGGUCCUCACUGCUGCUCACUGCAUCGGCAGUCGCACCUAUCGAGUCUACCUGGGAAAACACAACCUGAGGGACAACAACGAGGCUGGUUCCAUUGCCAUCAGUCCUGCCAAGAUCAUCGUCCAUGAGAACUGGGACUCUUACAGAAUCCGUAAUGACAUUGCCCUGAUCAAGCUGUCAGCUCCUGUCAGAUUCUCUGAUAGUAUCAUGGCUGCCUGUCUUCCCGGCUCUGGUGAGAUCCUGCCUCAUAAUGCUCCCUGCUAUGUCACCGGCUGGGGACGUCUCUGGACUGGAGGUCCUGUUGCCGACAUCCUGCAGCAGGCCCUCCUUCCUGUGGUCGACUACUACACCUGCACCAAGCCUGACUGGUGGGGCAACCUGGUGACCAACGACAUGAUUUGUGCUGGAGGAGACGGACAGAUUGCUAGCUGCAAUGGAGACUCUGGUGGUCCCUUGAACUGCCAGAACCCUGAUGGCUCCUGGGAUGUCCACGGUGUUGUGAGCUUCGGCUCAAGCAUGGGAUGCAACUACCCCAAGAAGCCCUCUGUCUUCACUAGAGUCAGUGCUUACAGGUCCUGGAUCAAUAGAGUGAUGACUACAAACUAAGACCAAAUAAAGACUGUAGUGACUAA